CCUGGCGUCGUCAAUUGAUCCCACAAAGUAAAGCGUAAUUUUCACGUGUAAAACCAAAACUGAAACUAAUAAUCUUUUUGUGGGGUGUUCCUCCGAGAGCCCUAUCGUCACUGCCAUCAGUAGCGGAGCGUUUUGUGGACGUUCAUGCGAAGACGACGACGAAGUGUUCCUUCGUACCAUGGCUGAGCAGCCUUCGGGUGCAUCGAUACUGGCGGCCUUAUUUUACUCGUGCCAUGGUCAACGCUCACCACGCCUGCAAGAAUGCACGGAUAGUGUCUUUGGAGAACUGGACGACGGUAAUUUAUCAGACGUGGAAGUCGAGUGCGACGAGUCUGCGGCAGCGGUGACGAGGGGGACGACGCGCUUGGAACCCCGGCGGAGAGUGCGAUUGACAGUUCAGAAGCUGAUUCGAAAGAUGAUAGCCCACAACCAACGGCAAGCAGAUGGGCGAGAAAGCCUUUCAAGGUGCCAGAAGCCAUAUUCAAAGGGUCAGCUCACGAAGACCUUCACAUCGAAGGGGACAUUAUCACCAUUUGCCUACAAGAGAACUGCUCUCAUUGCAUCAUGCGAGAUCUCGCGCAACGGCUUCAAGAAGCUGCGCAACACUCUUCACAUUGUUGAUGCGAACAAGCCAGACAUCAAUGACAGACUUUGGAACGUGAGAUCUCUGCUCAAGAAUUUUCAAGCAAGGUACCACGAUCUCGAGGUACAGGAGCAUCUGUGCAUUGAUGAGCAGAUUGGCCCUUUCAAGGGCCGUUUGACAUAA